AUGGAGACUAAGAUGCUGAGAUGGACCGGAGGAGUCACACGACUGGACCACGUGCGAAACGAGGACAUCAGAACACGCUUUGGGGUAGCACCGAUCACGGAAAAGAUGAGAGAAGCCAGACUGAGAUGGUACGGCCACACUCUCAGAGCUAACGACGAAUCUGUUGCUAAACGUUGUUUGUUGAUGGAAGUCGCUGGAAAAAGACCGAGAGGGCGGCCGAAACAACGAUGGUUGGACGCUCUCCACAACGACAUGAAGAACACCCGACUAAACCCAGACCAUGCAGCCGAUCGAAUAAAAUGGCGCCUACGAUCCAGAAUAGCGGACACCGCAACCGAGCGGGACAAACGCUGA